AUAUGGUGCAGCAAUCUUUCUGAUCCAUUCGUCGAAUAAUGUUAUCUUAAAUUUUAUUUAUUUGCUUUAUAAAAUUGUUAUAGUUAUAGCGUAAUGAAAUGAUAUAUUAAAGUAUACCGACGUUGAUGAGAAAGCCGUUAUAAACGGAUUAGUUAUUAAUAAUAAUAAUGACAAUAGUGACGAAAACUUGAAUGAAAUUAUGGAAACGUCUUGUGGCAAUAUUACAUAUAAUCAAUGCAGAGAUGGUAGUUCUGAAAAAGAUUUAAGAGAUAUUAAUUCUAAGGAUAUGGCUAAUUAUAAUAAUGUUGGUGGUGAUUUUGAGAAUGCCUUUGAACAAAGUAGUGUAGUUAAAGACAAUAUCUUAGAAAGUAACGAUCAACUUAAGACAGUAAGACCAUCGUACUCAGGCAUCAUAGACAGUGAUUCCGAGGACAAUGAAAUUGCUAUUUCUUUACCCAAAAGCAGGAUAAAUGUGAUAGAAGAUGACUGUGAAUCUGUUAUUUCCAAUGGAAGUUUAGAAAAGAACAAUAUCGAAAGGAAGAAAAAUAAGACAAUGGCAAAGGAUAAUGAUUCUGUAAAUGGAUCCCAAUCUUCAAUAAAGAAAGGAGAAUGUUUCAAAAAAGCAAUGAAAAGGUUUGAGACACUGGUUGAUAGCGAUUCGAAUGAAGAUGAUAUUCAAAUGUCGACAUUUGUAAACGAUAAUGAAAGUAUUAAAUUAGAAAAAACAAAUAAAAAUAUGACAAAGUCAACAAAUAAUAAGAAGGAAAGCAAUAGGAAAACUUCUAUCAGAGCCUACAAGGAAGAAGCCAUGAGACAAAUUCACAGCGAAACUCAAAGAUUGGUUAGAGAAACUGCAAUAUCUUUACCAUAUCAUAAGCCAAAACCACGAACGUUACAAGAAUUUUUAAAUAGAAAAAAAGUAUCUGUAACGCUCCCCGAUGCACCUACGACAGCUUCUAAAUUGAAAAUGUCUUAUGCUAUUGUAAGUAAGGUACUUGAAGAUAAGGAAAAAGAAGCAGAGGAGUUUUACAAAUCUUCUGACUCGGAAGAAGAAGCGGAGGAAGUAGUAAAGCAUGUUUCUGAAUCUAAUAUCAAAGAUGCAAGCACAUCUUACAUUGCGAACGAAACGACACUUUUCGACGAUAUUAACUGCGUUCUCGAUGAAAAUACUGAAAAGAUAUUGGUCAAUGGUAAAGGUAAAGACAAUGGUCAAAUUUCUUCCAUUAAUAAAGAUAUUUCACAAUGUAAAUCGAUUAUAACCAAUACUUCAGAAAAAUUAUUUAAUGAAAAUAAUGAGUUAUUAGAUACGAGCAAUUUUCAUUGCUUAUCUACAUUGAAUGUAAGCGAUGAAGUAGGAAAACCUGAUGCAGAUUUAUCAAAAAAUAUUGAAGAUUACGAAAUGACAAGUGACAAGGUAGUAAGACAUCAUGAUCAUGAUAAAAAUGAUGAUGAAAUAGUUGUACAAGAGAUAAUAGAUAAAUUACUCGAAUUAGUAAACUAUAAAGUUGAAAAAUAUGACAAAGAUAAAUUAGAAAAGAAGAUCUUGUUGAAAAAGACUACAAGUGAAAUAUGUUCAGAGAAAAGACAGUAUGAAGUAUCAGAGGCAAUUGAUAAUAAUACAUCAUUAUAUAAAGAUGACAAUGAUAAAUUGCAUGCUCGAGGUAGCAGCGACAAUAUAGAUACCUCUUGUGUUUUGGAAAACACAAUUGAAAAGACAGUUGAGCAUAUACAAAGUUUACCAUUUGUUUACAAAGAAGAAAAGCGUACUAAGAAACAAUCAUUGCAGGAUAUAAAGAUAAAUAUAGAGCCGCGUUUAAAAGGCUGCCCGGGUAUGAUAAUUGAUUUAUCGUGUGAUAUGAAAUCGAAUAAGAAAGGCGUAGAAAAUUUAAUAAAUAGAUUUCUUUCCAAGCAUACUGCAAGUGAUAAAGAUGUAGAGGAAACAACCGAGAUAAAUGUUGUUCACCUAGAAAAUACCACUGAUGGAUUAAAGACAAUCAAACGUUCCCUUUUGUAUAAAAAGCCUCUUAUCGAAAAAGAAGAUCCGGAAUUAGGUAAGCCUGGAGCUAAAUUGAAACGUUUGAAGGAAGACUUGAAGUUUAAAAUGGCCAUGAAACGUAAUGAAGAAUGGAGACAAAAGGAACAAGAGUUAAAAGAUAAUGAAUUAGAAAUGGACGAUAUAAGCGUAUGCGGUAUAGAUAACAAGGAAAAGCUACAAGAUGAAUCUAGCAGAAGUGGAGAAAGUGAACCAGAAGAGAAUGAUAUACCUAUGGAAGAUAAGAGAUACAAGCCUUCGUGUGAAUUUGCAGACGAUGAAGCUGAGGAAAGUGAAAAUGAAGAUGAUGACGACGAUGAGGAGGAGGAGGAGGAGUUGGAGAAGGAGGAGGAGGAGGAGGGGGAGGAGGAGGAGGGGGAAGAAAAGAAGUACAACGACGAGGACGAAAAAGAAAAAUGUGAAAAGGAUCAUAUAUACGAAAAUGAUGAUGAUGACGAUGAUUCUAACGAUGAUCGCAUCAGAAUUACAAAGAAAUGGAAAUCAAGAAGAAUUAUAAAAGCAUUCGAGGAUGAUUCUAAUUUGUCACCAUCAAAAACUUCAACGGACAGGACCAACGAAGUGAAGACAAAUGUUUUUGGAAGGACUACAACGAAUGCAGAUUUAUUUGAGUCGAAUAAUGAUAAUUGUUCGAUCGUCUGGAACAGCGAUGAAGAAAACGAUGUUUCAAUUCUUCAAAAAAAUAAUCAGUCUGAUUUAACGCAAAUAUGUAAGACACCAUCGAUUAAAACGAAUGUUCUUGAUUUUGUGUCUCCAAUUACACAACUAACGAUAUUGCAUGCAAAUUCGAAUUCUAGUAAAAAGAAUUCAGCUAAGAAGGAUGAAUUCGUAUUUGUUAAUAAUACCGAAUCAUUUUCUCAAACACAUAUGCCAUUCAAUACAACAUCUAAAAGUCGGUAUAGUAUUGAUAAAAGAUUGAAACCACAAAAAAAACUUUUCGAUGAUUAUAAUGACGUAGCGAAUGACGAAGAUCUCAUGCAAUUAUGUUCAGGGGCGUUUCCCUCCACACAAAUGAUUGAUUUAAAUCCAACAUCGUUGGAGGAAACAUCUUUAUUGACGACGAAUGCAUUGAAUGGAUGUCUGAUUGAUGUACAGAAAUCAGAUAAAGAUAAAUCACUUGAAAACGAAACAUCUCAAGACAUGAAACUUUAUUUGGACGAAAAUUCUGUUUCAUCUCGAGAGACUAGAUGUACAACGAAAGAAAAUAUAAAAAAUAUCGAUGCUCCGUGGAAUAAGUUAUCGGUUGUCUUCUCUUCCGACAACGAAGAUGACUCUGAUGAUGGGAAUAAAAUGAAAAUAACGAGGAAACGACAUCCAAAAAAAUUAGAAUUAUCCGAUGACGACGAAGACUAUAGUCAGCAGGGUAAUUUAGAUCAGGAAAAAGUAGAAGACUAUGUCGAUUAUGAUUCCGAAGAAAACGAAAUUAUUGUUUCGAAAAAGAGCAGGAAUAAUGUUGCUGCUGAAUUUUUCGAAAAAGAAGCCGAGUUGAGCGAGAGCGAUUGGGAUUCGGCAGACGAAGAUGAGAAAGAUUUAGACAAAUUCGAAUUGGAGGAAGGAGACGAGGACGAAAUAGAUGAAAAUAAAGUGCGUAAUCAAUUGGAAAAGAUUCAUAUGAGACAAAUAUUAGAUCAGGAUCAAAGAGAAGUGAGAAUGUUACAAGAAUUAUUAUUCGAAGAUGGUGAUUUGCAUACGGAGGGUAACGGACGAGAGCGAAAGUUUAAAUGGAAAAAUAUAGAUAAACUCGGAGAGAAUAACGAAGCAUCUCGUAUGGACGACGAUACAGACGCUGGACUCGAUUUACAAGAAAACGAAAAUGAAUUAGAAUGGUGUAAACUUAGACACGAAAGAGACAAGUUUCUCGAGGAGAAAAAGAGAGCAGUAGAUGAAGAAAUCGAGGAGGAUUUAGGUAAAAGCGAUAUCUUCAAAUUUGGCGUGAAAUUGCUAAAAAAAAUCGAAUCCGAACAGUCUGAGAAACAAGAUUCUUCGGGAAACGAUAACGAACCCAUGAUAGAACCGAUAAUGCCGCGCAAUUUAUCCGAUUUAUUGAAUGCAUCCACAUUGGAAGGAAGAAAAAAUGCGAUAAAAACCAUUAUGAAAAAACGUUCGUUCUUAUCGCGGGGAGAAGAAGAAUUAGAUCGUAUCGCUAAGAGAGUACGGUUGAAUGAUACGAUCAAUUUGGCGCCAGCGAAUACGAAAAACUUUGUGUUCGCGCAUGUAACUCCACCCGUAAAGAAAGUCGAUGACGAAGAAAACGAAAAUAUCCACGUAGAAGAUGAAAACGAGUCGAAUGACAAAACGUUUCGGCGCAGAAAGAGAAAGGCGUCGUUGAGUACGACGCCGCAAACAACAAAAAGAGGAAAGCAAGAACGGACAGAUACGAAAAUAAAGAAAACACUUUGAUAUAUCUACAUACAUAUGUACAUACAUCAUACAUACAUCAUACACUCAUGCACGCGCGCGCGCGCGCGCGCCCACCCCCUACACACACACACACACACACACAGAGAGAGAUACGUACGCGUAAGAUUUUUAUGAUUAUUGGUGGUUCUUGUAUGUAACUGCGUGCCGCACUUGAAAAAGUUGUAAAUAUCGAUAUUAUAAUAAGUAAUCACGUAUAUACAUUGAAAUAUAAUACUUUUUUUUAUAUGUU